AGUUUUAUGACAUUGAACGUCUUAGCAUUAAUAAUGUUAACGAUGUAGAGCGAUCAACCAUUGACUUGGCGAAUUGGUUGAUGACCAUGGAUAGAGUUGGUCAACUUUACUUUAUACCUUGGAACAUACGGGAACAUUGGAUGUUGGUGAUUGCUAUGCCAAAAGGAAAAAUCGUGUACUUAGAUCCAUUGAAAUCACACAAACGUCCAGAAGAAAUUGAUUCAAUGAUAAUGAGUGCAUAUUAUAGAGCUUCUUCCAAUGCAUUACUCGGCAAUCCCACAAAGAUAUUCAAUGUUACAUGUCCAAGACAACCACAAAGUCAUGAAUGUGGUUUUUAUGUCUUGAAGUACAUUAGAGAUCUUGUACGGGCAUCAAAUGCAAUGACUACCCUAAAAGAAAAAUUUGGUGGGAAGACGCAAUAUUGUGAGAUUGCAGACCUCUUGCCAAUCCAACACGAAUGGUUAGGCAAAUUGAUGACAUACAUUUAUCAGUAAGCCUAUUUUUGUUUAGUUGUAAG